AUGACAAGAGCUGCGGGGGGAGGUAUCCCAUUCGUUUCUGGUCAACCUGAUCUCUCCCUGUGGAUCAGCCCGCCGAUGAUCUCUUCGCGGGGAACUGAGAAACCCAGAGGGAGCGAGGACUCGGCCUUGACGAUGCUCGCCGGAGAUGGAAAUUGCACGGCCGUCGAUCUCGAUCAUCACAACCCCCAUCUUCAGAUCCUUUCAAAAGGUUUCAAGAGGUAUCCGAGGUCCACCGCCGGAGGGAGGAGAAGUAUUCGGGCUCCGAGGAUGAGGUGGACGACCUCUCUCCAUGCCCACUUCGUCCACGCAGUGGAGCUCCUCGGCGGGCAUGAAAGUAAGGCUAUUCCCAUACUCUCUUUCUCUCUCUCUCUCUCGGUACGACCAGGAAAGAAAAAAUGUAAAUACAUAUCCGUAUAUGCAGUUUUUUUCUUUCUAAUCUCCUGUAUUGUUAGGGGCGACACCCAAAUCGGUACUGGAGCUGAUGAAUGUGAAGGACCUAACCCUAGCUCACGUGAAGAGUCACUUGCAGGUGAGUGUCCUUCUGUUAUUCUGAUGAAGCCACCUUUUGUUUCGUUGCUAGUUUCCACGUCCAGAGAGGGUUAGGGUUUCCAGUUGGGAGGAGGAGCAGCUGACGGAUCCAAGGGCUAAGAGACAAAAUGGCAUCUUGGAAGUAAUCCGAGCGGGGUGGAACUCCCCCCCUCCAAAGCCCCGUCCUCUAUUCUUCUUACAAGUCUUCAUCUCAUCGUUUCUUUUGCAGAUGUAUCGAACAGUGAAGAGCACCGACAGGAGAACUGGUGAGCAUCUCCAUUUCCCUUCCCUUUCUUCAUGGAAGAUCUGAAUAUUUCUGAGGGACGGGUUUGGAGGUUGCAGAUUUAGACAGCCGUUUUCUUUCUCGCGGUGGCCCCCCUCCUCCCCCCACCCUCCCCCCCCCCCGCCAUGAGCCUAUGAAUCUUAGUCUUUGAUCUCGUGGGUUCUCCAGGACACGUUCAGCCUGACACAAGCUUAAACCAGACGACAGUAAUGGAGGGGAGCUUUCCUUGCCGGAGAGAUCAGAUCACGGGCCCUUACACGCCAAGCCCUUCAACCCCGCCGGCCCCGCGGUGUGUCAAUCUCUCUCUCUCUCUCUCUCUCUCUCUCUCUCAAACACACGCACGGACACACACUGAGGAUGAUUGGGUAGAAGAACAGCGAGUAAGAGAGGUAUUCGGAGCGCCCGUCCACCGACGUUUCCUUCCCGCUACUGUCAACAGUGGCAACUACAGUGAAAGGAGAUGGCUUCUCGCGACGAUAAUGGGUUUAGUCUUUAAUAAGGCAACCUCGGAAGAUUUUCUGAUACCGUAGUUCAAAGGGGGAACUGGUUUCGGAGACGAGAUAUCUCACCGGACUACUCCAUCGACCGGUCUGGUUCUCUCCCAUCUCCCUUCCACCAGGCUGUUGUCUCCUAACCCACGGGAGUCUCUCAUUCUUCGCGCAGAGUUCAUCUUCUAUCAAUGGAGGAAAAUGGAUGGAGCCCCGCCGUCCCGAAACACGAUCCAGAACAAGCCUCUCAUCUGAGAUACAAGGGCGGCUUCCCAGACGACGACGAGAAGGUAAAGCUUCUCUGAAAACCUUCUACUCGUCCCUUCUCUCACUAGAGAGACCAGUGAUCCUCGAUUCAUUUCCAGAGAGUCUGGAGCUCGCUAGUGUCUAUUCCCCUUUUGAUGCAGGAGGACCGGCAGCAUUCUCCUCCGAAUGCGUGGGGAUGUAGGGGCUCCUCGCCUUCCUCUGAGGGGGAGGAACCCUCGAGUGUUUUGCAGAGGCUCCCAAACCUGGAGUUCACUCUGGGGAGGCCGAGCUGGCAGAUGGAUUGUGUCGAGCCCAUGAAGGAAUUCGCUCUCCUCAGAUGCUAG